CGAGUUUAUCAUCAAAAAACCACCGGCAGAAAUUUCGCCAAAAAGGCCUCCAAAAUGUUAACGAAUCGAGUAUUUAUGAAGAAAACUAGAAAAGGCGGCAUAAUAAAAGUCGUCCGCGAGCACUACCUCCGUGAUGAUAUCGCCUGCGGAAUAGCGUCGUGCGGGCUGUGUAUGCUGACGGAAACACGGACCAGUUUGGAUCGGGCGCCGCAGUUUUGCAGCACGGCUGUCCCCGGACCGCACUACCUGAUGCUGGAUACGAACAUCAUUUUGUAUCAGAUCGAUUUCCUGGAAUCGGAUGCCAUCAAGAAUGUUAUCGUGCUGAGUACGGUACUGGACGAGGUUCGGCAUCGGAGUCCGGUGAUUUUCAAACGUCUGCGGAAAAUCCUGGGCGAUCCCGGGAGGAGAUUUUUCACGUUCGUCAACGAACACCAUCGGGAUACGUAUUUGGGAAAGGGCGUCGGGGAGUCGGCCAAUGAUCGGAACGAUCGGAUGAUUCGGAAAGCGGCGGCGUGGUAUGGGAAGCACAUCAAGCAGGAGGAUCCGAAGAAUAAGGUGCGAGUGGUGAUGCUGACGGAUGAUGUGGAAAAUAGGAGGAAAGCGAAGGAGGACGGAUUGCUGGUUUCGUCGGUGGCGGACUACGUGGGAUCGUUAAGCGAGCAUCCGGAACUGAGAGAUAAGGUGUUCAGUAGCGAAAAGUGGCAGGACGAAUCGAAGAUCAUAUUCCCGUCGCACUUUACGACGACGCAGAUUCACGAAGGAAUUAAGAAGGGAGAGUUGCUGCAGGGAAGCUUUUUUGCAUCGAGGGAUAAUUUCCUGGAGGGAAAUGUGCGGGUGGAGAGUAUCGAGGAACCGGUUCUGAUUCAGGGUAGAUUGAAUUUGAAUCGAGCGGUGGACGGAGAUGUGGUGGCUAUUAAAUUAUUGCCCAAGAGCGAAUGGAAGUGUCCCAGCAAGGUGGUCCUGGUGGACGAACAGGCAAUAGAUGACGAAGCAGUCGAGACUGCUGAUCCGGAAUUUGAGCAGGACGAGGGAGGGGAUAUUGUCCCAACUGCGGCUGUGGUCGGUAUUAUCAAGAGAAAAUGGCGCCAGUACUGUGGAAUACUGGCAGCUAAUCUGAUGGCACAAUCGACGCGACAUUUGUUUGUCCCAUCGGACAGGAACGUCCCUCGGAUUAGGAUUGAGACAAGACAAUCGGCACAGCUAGUGUCACAACGGAUCGUCGUUGCAAUUGACUAUUGGCCGAGACAUUCCAAGUAUCCCAUUGGACAUUUCGUGCGAGCCUUGGGUGUCAUCGGGGAGAAGGAUACGGAGAAUGAAGUAAUUCUGCUGGAGCACGAUGUUCCCCAUGGAAGCUUCUCGGCGGAAAUCCAGGCCCAGUUACCGAAAUUGCCGUGGACCGCAGGUCCGGAAGAGUACAAGAAGCGCGUGGAUUUGAGAGAUAUUACGAUCUGCUCGGUAGAUCCUCCCGGUUGUACGGAUAUCGAUGAUGCAUUGCACGCCCGAAAACUCGACAAUGGCAACAUCGAAGUCGGAGUGCACAUUGCCGAUGUGACGCACUUCAUCAAACCGGGAACUCCGUUGGAUAAGGAAGCAGGUCUCCGCGCAACCACCGUCUAUCUGGUGGACAAAAGAAUCGACAUGGUUCCGGAUGUUCUCAGUUCCAACCUUUGCUCUCUGCGAGGAGGCGAAGAACGUCUAGCAUUCUCUUGCAUCUGGGAACUGGACAGCAAUGCAAACAUCCUACACACCAAAUUCCACAAGUCCAUCAUCAAAUCGAAAGCGGCAAUGACCUAUCAGGAAGCCCAGCUGAUCAUCGACGAUCCCUCAAAGACGAAUCAGACUGCCCAAUCGUUGAGACUGCUCAACCAACUGGCGAAAAUCCUGAAAAGGCGUCGUAUCGACAAUGGAGCCCUGGUCCUCGCGUCGCCGGAGAUCCGUUUCAACAUCGACAGCGAAACGCACGAUCCCAUUGAUGUGGUGGCCAAGAAGCUCCUCGACACCAACUCCAUGGUCGAAGAGUUCAUGUUGCUCGCCAACGUCUCCGUAGCCGAGAAAAUCGAACGAGAAUUCCCGGAAUGUGCCCUGCUCCGUCGUCACCCUUGUCCACCGGAUGCCAACUUCGAUCCACUGAAGAAGGCCGCUUCCUACCAGGGUUUCGAAAUCGACACCUCCAGUGGAAAACAGCUGGCCACCAGUUUGGACCUCGCAGUCAAAAAGGACAAUCCCUACUUCAACACUCUGCUUCGGAUCCUCACCACACGCUGCAUGAUGCAAGCCGUGUACUUCAUCAGCGGCACCAUUCAACAGCAGGAAUACUUCCACUACGGUCUCGCUUCUCCCAUCUACACUCACUUCACGUCUCCUAUCCGUCGUUAUGCGGACGUAAUCGUCCAUCGGCUGCUGGCGGCUUGCAUCGGAGCCGACGCCACCUAUCCGGCCCUGCUGGACAAACAGGCCAGCUCGCAGCUGUGCAACAAUCUGAACUACCGCAACCGGAUGGCCCAAUACGCCGGCCGCUCCUCCGUCGCCCUACAUACACAUCUGUUCUUCCGCGAUCGAACCGAAGACGAGGAAGGCUACAUCCUGUUCGUCAAAAAGAAUGCCAUCCAGGUCAUCAUUCCCAAGUACGGCCUGGAGGGUACCAUCUACGUGGCUGGCAAGAACAACGAGAAGCUUAAAAAGGACGGUCCCACCUUCGUGUACAACGAGGAAACGCAGACGCAAUCCUGCGGCGACGUGGAGUUCCAUGCCUUCGAUCGGGUCGUGGUCCGAUUGAGUUUGGAUUCGACCAACGUGCAGCAUCAGCGGUUGGUGUUUGAACUGGUCACUCCGUUCAUCGAAGGGUUCAGUGUGGCUGCGCUGGAAGGCGGUGAUGCUGCUGCUGCUGCGAAGCGGAAGGGCGAAGAGGUCGUAGAAGACACCGGGAAGGUGGCCAAGAAGAGCAAGAAAGAGGAAAGUAAGAAAAAGAAGAAGUAAAAACUUCGUUUCGAAAACUGUUUCAAAGUUCAUUCUUAUGGUAAGUUUAACGAUUAAAAUCGGC